AGGAUGUAAACAAAACUUCAAUCGUAAUACCAUCAAUACAAAAGCCUGUUUACAAAAUCUUGAUUUCAUCAUACCCUCGUCGCGAUUUGGUAUACCAUUAUCGGAAAUAACAAGCAUUCUAGGUUGAUUUAUUGCAGGAUUGCUGGAUUGAAUUCUAUACAUCAUGUCUGACCCAGUUCAAUUCACUGGCAUGCGGGUCCUUGGGGACGACGCAAAGACAGGGAUCGACAAUGCUGCGUAUAUAAACAACGAACAGAAUGCCGAAAACGAGACCAAGCUGGACUCACCUACAUCACACAAACACGAACAAAAGUUUGAGAAAGACCCCCCGGAAACAAAAUACGAAAUUCCAAGCGAGUAUGAUAACAUACCAGAUGUGAAUUUUGGAGACAAGACAACUGCAGAUUCAAGAGCUGGCGAAGCAGAAGAUGAACAUUAUAACGCUUACAACAGAGCCAUUGUAGGCUCUCGUGAGACGAUCUACUCGUUUUAUGAGGACCAUACAAAGGUUAUCCACACCGGUUUCGGCCUUUUUCUGCUGGUUCUCUAUUUCGCCUAUGUCGCCUACGCUUUCUAUUACAGAUUUGGCGACGAAGGAUCAUGGCGGCUGUUGGGUGUCACCAUCUUUAUUGUUCUCAUCAUCACCAUUACGAAGCUGUCCGAAGCUUACGAGGAGUCCAUAAACGCUUGGUGGGACAGAGUUAAAGAAUACCAGAAAUCCAAAUGUGCGCGCAGAACCGGCCUAACAAUUGCAUGGGCUUUACGUAUCAUUGUGGUAGUCGGGGUUGUGACCUAUGUGAUCAUAGACAUCGCCAUAGACCAGCCAGCCAACCUCAUAUCUGUGGCGGGGAUGGUCCUCUAUAUCAUUAUCUUCUACAUCUUCUCCAUCAAUCCCGCGAAGGUGAACUGGCACACUGUGUUCUGGGGUAUCGCCCUCCAGUACGUGUUUGCUCUGCUCAUCCUUCGCACAGAAACCGGGUACCAGAUAUUCAAGUGGCUAGGGGACCGGGUCACUGAGUUCCUGGAACACACUAUGGCCGGGAUACUGUUCGCAUUUGGAGAUACAUACACAGACCACUUCUUCGCUAUGAAGGUGCUGUCCAUAGUGAUCUUCUUCUUCACUUUCAUUAACAUAAUGUAUUACCUUGGUGUGAUGCAGGCGGUUAUCAAGGUUGUCGGCAGGUUCCUGGCCUUUUGUAUGGGAACCACUCCCGCCGAAUCUAUCAACGCGGCCGCGAACAUUUUUGUGUCCAUGACGGAGUCCCCAUUGAUGAUCCGUCCGUUCUUGGAGGACAUGACGCGCUCGGAGCUACACGCCGUAAUGACAGGAGGGUUUGCCACCAUAGCCGGAAGUGUGCUGGGAGCUUACAUCUCAUUUGGGGUACCGGCCAAUCACCUUUUGUCGGCUAGUGUGAUGAGCGCCCCCGCAGCACUCGCCAUUUCAAAGCUUGCUUAUCCCGAAGUCGAGAAAUCCAAGGCGUCCAGCGACGAUUUUACUAAAAUGGAAAAAUCACCAGAACACAAUCUUAUUGAGGCUGCUUCGAAUGGCGCCACGGCCAGUCUGAAAAUUAUCGGCGCCAUCUUGGUAAACGUGAUUGCCUUCUUAUCCCUGCUGGCGUUUCUCAACGCUACGUUAACGUGGAUUGGUCACCGUGUGGGCAUCUAUGAGCCAGAUCUAACGUUUGAGCUGAUAACAUCGUACGUGUUGUUUCCCGUCUCCUUUUUCAUGGGCGUUGAAACCGGGGACUGUCGGAAAGUGGCGGAAUUAAUAGGCGUAAAAACGUUCACCAACGAGUUUAUAGCUUACGGUAACCUGAAGGUUUUGAUCGAAAACAGACAAGCCUUGAGUAACUACACGACCUUCCACAACACAACGGACUGGUUCUGGGACAAGGGCAAUGUGGUCCUUAACAUUACUGGAGAAGUCUUAGCGGGAGGAUUUAUCUCGGAGAAAUCCGAGAUCAUAUCCACGUACGCCCUGUGCGGUUUCGCCAACUUUGGCUCCAUCGGGAUCACUUUGGGGGGUUUAGGGAGCUUGGCGCCCAGUCGACGGAGUGAUCUGACACAAAUGGUUGUCCGGGCAAUGAUCUGUGGCAAUGUAGCAUGCUUCCUCACCGCUUGUAUAGCUGGUUUGCUAUACAAACCGUUUUAAGAUGGGCAGGAUUGGCGGUCGCUUCAAUGUUGAUGGUUUCUUAAACAAACUGUAGAAACAUCUCUUUGAGGAAGGUCAUAACUAUAGCUUAAGUGUUGUGUUCCGAACUUUUAUAACACAGCCAUUUUUUGCACAUUGUUAUUCGAAAAAGAAAGACGAAUUAACAUGAUAGCACAUGUGUGGUCGUCGCUGUCGUACAUUCACUUGGGUUAUGAAUAAGAAAUACCUCUUUUUGUAUUACGAAAUAGAGUGUGGUCAAUCAUUUGGAGUGUUACAACUACGAUACAGACGGCUGGAACUCUUCAACAACUGUUGAUAUAUGCUAAAAUAUUGUCUUUGAAGUCCACGAAUUUGAUAAGCGUUCGUAGCGCUUUUCAACAAAAUACUCAAAGGUUAAGUUACCCUUGUGUUUGUUUAUGAGUCUUUGUGGGCGUGUGGUUUUCUUGUAAGUUUUCUAAUUUUUCCUUCAUUGUACCGGCGUGUGUUCGCAUCCCACUAAUACCAAGAUAUCUUUUUAUAAAUAAAGUGUAUUUUGUCUGCAAUUACGGUAUCAAAGAUUAAAGAAAUUAUAACAUUAGUGUUUUCAGAUGCUUUACCGGUGAAAAAUAACUUGUGCCAAAACAUGAGCGAGUCCCUUUUACAUGGCCCAUAAUUCUAAAAUAUUUCAAAAUAUUCAAAUGAAACCAGGGACUCAUGUUAUCAAUGACAAUACGCCCAUGCGCCUUGUUUUGUCCACCAAAUUAUAAUGCGAAAAUUUAACCUUGGCCAUGACUCAACAACGAUUCAGAAUAAUCAGAUGAAAAUUAGUACACAUGUUGCCAGAGAAAAUGUGAACAUACAUGACAAAACCCAUAACUGAGAAUUCAAUAAUUGAUGACUCAUGCCUGUUAUGGACAAACAGUUAUACAAAGCGUAACGUUUGGCCACGUCUAAUAAAAUGUUCAGAUAGUUAAUUGAAAUUUAAUACACAUGUUGCCAGAUACAACAUGAAAAUGUAUUAAACAAUGCCCAUAAAUUUUACUGUGCAUUUAAUUGUUGUCAAGUAAUUCCUUUUUGUCGGCAAGAUUUGGCCAAUAGACGGGCAUUCGGCUUUGAACGUUCCGCAGUGCUGUUUUAUAUAUUUACUAAACAGUCGAAACUCGUUGGCUCGAAAUCGCUUGGCUCGAUUUCUUCGUUUGCUCAAACUUGAUGUUAAGUGCCAGUUUCUUUUUACUCAAUCGAUGCAUUCCCACUUGGCUCGAUAUUUGCGAAUCUUAAAGUAUUUUGGCCGGUCCCUGGGAUAUCGUGCAAACGGGUUUCGACUCUAGUAUGUUACUGUAUGUUUAUUUUUUAUGUUUUCAAUACAAUAUGAUUAUAUUUUUCGAACUGAUAUUUAACCAAUUGGUUGUUCUGUUUUUCUAAUAAUUAUUUGUGAACACUUGCUAAUUUUACAUUGUACUGGAUUAUUUAAACAUAGUACAGCUUUUGCUUUAGUAUCUAUUUGCAUAUUACUGUAAACACUGCAUUAAGCGGCCACCUUUGGGAAAAGGUCAAAGUGGCUGCCUUAGACAGGUGGCCACUUAAUCCAGGUUUGAAAUUUCAAUCACUUAAGCUUUGUUUAAACAGACUAUAUAUCUAUCAACCUACUCACACCACCAUCAGUAUCAUCGUUUAACCUUAUCAUAUUUAACUACUACUCAUAUAUAAUUAAUACCAUUCUUGCAAAUGUGUACACGCUUCACAAUGUGUUAGACAGGUUCACAUUUUCUAUGCGAUUAAACGAGCAAAACAGAA